AUGAAACUAUUCACUAUAAUCGUGGCCACCGCUGCCGGCUUUUCAAGCACCGUGACCGCCGCCCCCGUCGAGAGCACCACCAGGUCUGCGGCAGCCUAUGACGCCUGGUUUGAGGGCUGGCCUGGGAGAUCAUUCACGGGCUCCAAGAAGCGUUACGAAGUUCAAUGGGACACUUGCCACGACAUUCGCGCCGACUUCCCACCUGGAACUAGUGAAGGCUUGUCUACCAUGCAGAUUGGUGACCAAGGAGUCACAGAAUGCACAAUAUACAACAAUCCAAACUGCACCGUACGACCUGGUGAGGACAGAGACUGGGGUGACCGUCUGCAAUGCAGCGGUGUUUACAGCGACCUAGACGAUCCAGAGAUCGGCUGGGCCAACAAGGCCCAGUCCUUCAAGUGCUACCGUGUCCGGUGA